ACUUAGCCAAGCAUUAAGUUUAGCUCCUGAUCAUUGAACCGGGGUUUCAUUGAGAGACCAAGUGGAAUCAAUAAAAAAAUUUAAAAAUAUCAUCUUUUGGAUAAACUGAAAAAAAUAGUGAAGAUGCAUAAAUUCGUGGCUCUAUUUGUUAUCCUGUGCGGGAUCAGCGCUGGAUUCUCAACCCCAGUUCGAAAAGCUAUCGUAUAUCAGCGACAGACAUUGCCGUAUAUGGCCCGUCAGCAGACUAUGUAUGGAUUCCAUUAUCAAAACCAACAGAGGCAAAACGAUCAUCGUUCCACUGGAGUUUCUGCCUUUGCUGUCGGGAACAUGGCUCCCGGAUCAUAUCUAAAGAAUUGCAAAACUACAGAUGCUGAAAGUGCGGAACUGCCAGCUCAAGAUGACCAGGAUGUGCAUUCUUUUGCUGAAGCUCUGCCGGAGUCCGAUGUUUUUCCAGCCGAAGACGAAACUUUGAGCGAUGUACCAACCGAUAGUGAUCAGGAAGCUGACGAAACGAAUGCUUAUGAACCCGCCGCUGCUCCAGCUUUCUUACCUGCAGUUCCCGCCGUGAUCCCGGUGGCAGUAUCGGAAAACGAGAAGAAGGUUUUCGUUCAGACUGAAUCCGACGAAGACGAAGAAGAGGUUCAAGUCAGUCGUCGCGGCACCAAAGUUCCAGCUCUCCCAAAUAGUUAUUUCCCAAUCAAUUUUGGAAGCACCAAUGGAGGAGCCAUUGCUGUCGCCAACUCGUACAGCACCGGAAAGGGAGGAUCAGCCACGAGUACUUCUAACGCUUACGGAAGCCCAGCAGCCGCUGAACUGAGAAGAGUUCCAGUUCUAGUCCAGCUGAGACGAAAACCCGCCAAGCUUCGCGCCAGGAAACAUUAGGAAACAUAUAAAACAGGGAAAACAUCCCAUGCUAUCAAGUGAUACUCAACUUUGCCGUAGGUUUAUGAAGUGAAAAUCUUAACGUUUCAAUUCUGCAAUUUAGCAAGCAUUCACUAUUUAUUAUAAACCAAAAUGACUUGU